AUGCUUGGGGCCGUGGAGAGCGGACUGUUUGCCUUAAAACUCGGCGCCAACACCCGCGUCCGACCGAUGACGAUUGACGCGAUUGGAGACGCGGAGGAGAAGGCACUGGUGCCGCGUGGGUACCAGCGCGCGACUGAUCUUGGCGCGUCGCAAUUCGCAUCGCUCGAGCCACAUCGCGCGCGCGCAGCACCGCAGCUGCUGCAGCGCGCAUCAGCGUCUUCGCCACCUCCGCAGGAGUAUGCAGCACUACCGCCGCCGCAACAAGUCGCUCCGCCACAAGCUAAUGUGCGACCGGGCAUCAACGGCUACGCGAUGCCGUCGGCAAGCCAGCGGAAGUUGAUCAUACGCAAGUUCAAUGGUACGGAGCUGUACCGCGGACUCGGGAGCGGAUUCUUUGAAUAG